CAAUUAAACGCAAGCAACCUCAAAACCCAUCGCCGCCCCAUCCUCAGUCCCCUGUGCAUCUCGCCACAGCCUGACAAACUAACACCGCCGGAGCUUUUGUCCGUGUCUCUAGGUCAUUGACCUAUUCGGUCAACCAUACGCCGCCUAGCUUAACUUUCACCACGGCCUGAGCUGCAACUUUUGUUUUGUUUUUUUGCGUCAUCUUCUUCGUUGCAGUGCCUAUUUGCUUGUUAUGCUUUUAGCCUCUUUAAGGGCUACUUUAACACUGCAUGCGACGGCAAGGUUUGGACGGUUCGUUUCUGUAGCUUAUAACAGCACCGCUGUCGGCGGUCUAGGCUGUUUCAGAACCAUGGGUAAACUUGGAUCUGAUUGUGGUUCUAGAUUGGAUGCUUCCUCGAGCUCAGAAAACAAAGAAACUUCCUCAAAUGUUCAGUCCACACCGGAAAUUGAGAAAAAGUACGUCCAUCGUGUAUAUGAUGCAAUCGCCCCACAUUUCAGUUCAACUAGGUUUGCCAAGUGGCCGAAAGUGUCCGUUUUUUUAAAUUCAUUACCAGUGGGUUCACUUGUUUUAGAUGCCGGUUGUGGAAAUGGAAAGUACCUGGGGUUGAAUCCUAAUUGCUUCUUCAUUGGUUGCGAUAUUAGUGCUCCACUGAUAAACAUAUGUGGCGAUGGGGGACAUGAGGUAUUAGUUGCAGAUGCUGUGAAUCUCCCUUAUAGAUCUGGCUAUGGUGAUGCUGCAAUUUCAAUCGCAGUCUUACACCACUUAAGCACUGAAACAAGGAGGAGGAAAGCUGUUGAAGAAUUAAUACGCACAGUUAAAAAGGGAGGACUUGUUUUAAUCACGGUUUGGGCUAGGGAACAGGAGGAUGGAUCAUUGGUUAAAAAAUGGACACCUCUUACAGAUAAAUAUCUGGAUGAAUGGGUAGCAUCAAACGGUCCUCAGGUCCGAUGUUCUUCACCUCGCUCCUUAGCAAGCAUCCCAGAGUCUGAGGACAAUGGCCAUUUGGUUUCUGGAACUGGAAAGGAUUCUUCUAUAGAUGAGCAGCAGGAGUAUUUUGUUCCUUGGCAUUUACCUUAUCAUCGAGCUGAAAUAAGUGGAGCCUCUGCGUGUGCCCUUGCAAGCGGAUUGGCAAAGAAAGACGAUAAGAAGGGGGCUGUUGUGUAUAACAGAUAUUACCAUGUCUUUAGUGAAGGUGAACUUGAAAGGUUGGUAUCAGGAUUGGAUAAUGCAGUCAUUGCUGAUAGAUUCUAUGAUAAAUCAAAUUGGUGCAUUGUCCUUGAGAAAAUAUCUUGAAAUGAACAUUUACAAGCUUAUAUUUACUUGUGUGGGGAACUUGCAGUGAGGGCUUCUCAUAUCUUGAUAUCUACAGGGUCAAGAAAACUGUUGAGCGUUUCUCGAAAAAAAAAAAAAAAAAAAAAAAAAAAAUGUUGAGCGGUUAUGAAACUAGAUAACUCUGUUUUGCUUGCCCAUGGCAUUGUUGUAUGGAGCUACUAAUUGCCCAACUACGACUUGGAAUGUGAAUUUGUUGUGCAUUAAUCAUUUAAACAAUUUUAC